AUGGCCUUCUCUGCAUCCGUUCAUUUCCUGGUUAUCCUAACCAUUGUGCUCAUCUUCUCGUUCCGAUACUUCGGCGACAAUCAGACAGUGCCUCCGCUGCAUCAUAACUCCACAAGUACUCUUGUAAAUACUACAACACCAGCUAUGUCUUCCGGACUCAAGUCGGUGGCGUACUUCGUCAACUGGGCGAUCUACGGACGCAACUACAACCCCCAGGAUAUCCCCGCGGACAAGUUGACCCAUAUACUCUAUGCCUUUGCCAAUGUUCGCCCUGAAACUGGCGAAGUCUACCUUUCCGACACCUGGUCGGACAUUGAGAAGCACUAUCCCACUGAUUCGUGGAACGACGUCGGCACCAACGUCUAUGGUUGCGUCAAGCAGCUGUUCCUGCUCAAGCAGCAGAACCGCAAGCUGAAGGUGCUAUUGUCUAUUGGUGGAUGGACUUAUUCGUCCAACUUCCCUGGCGCAGCCGCCUCGGAUGCUAACCGGGCCAACUUCGCUACGACGGCCACCAAGUUGGUCACAGACCUUGGAUUUGAUGGUAUCGAUAUUGAUUGGGAGUACCCAAAAGACGAUACCGAGGCCCAGAACAUGGUCUUGCUCCUUCAGAAAUGUCGUGAGACGCUGGACAACGCCGCGGGUGCCAGCAGAAAGUUCUACCUGACCAUCGCUUGCCCUGCUGGACCGGACAACUACACCAAGCUCAAGCUGUCCCAGAUGACGCCGUACCUGGAUUUCUACAACCUGAUGGCGUACGACUACGCCGGGAGCUGGAACACCGUCGCGGGCCACCAAGCCAAUAUAUAUCCUUCCUCUGACAAGCCCGCGUCGACCCCUUUCUCGACCAAUGAGGCCGUGAACUAUUACACCCAGGUUGGCGGAGUCCCAUCGGCGAAAUUGGUGCUGGGAAUGCCCCUAUAUGGGCGUGCCUUCACCAAUACCGACGGACCCGGCACCGCCUUCUCAGGCGUCGGAGGAGGAAGCUGGGAGAAUGGUGUCUGGGACUACAAAGCGCUGCCCCAGGCUGGUGCCACUGAGAAUGUGGAUGCCAACAUUGGCGCGUCUUGGAGCUACAGUUCUAGCGCUCGCACCAUGAUCUCGUACGACACCGUCGCCGUGGGAGAGCAGAAGUUGAAUUAUAUCAACCAGAAGCAGCUCGGCGGUGGGAUGUGGUGGGAGCUUAGCGGGGAUAAGGGAGGUAAGACUGCGAACAAGUCGGACGGCAGCUUGAUCGGAACGUUUGUCGAGGGGGCGGGUGGGCUCUCGUCCUUGGACCAGUCGCAGAACGCACUGUCCUACCCGGAGAGCAAGUACGACAACCUGAAGAAAGGUUUCCAGUGAAGCCCCGUACAGAUGCACCAUAUGACAAGGAUAUAGUGCCCAGUUUGACUUGCUUUUUUGGACAUAUACACGAGUUCUACAUAGUCUUAAGGAUUACAUAGCUUAGAUGGGUUUUUUUUUCGAAAUUUUUUUUUCAAUUUGAUUUGUCUUAAGGUCACUAUGGAACGAUCAGAACGCACACGUCCCAUACACCUCACAUAUCCAACCCUGCAACCUUCACUGUCCUAGUUCCACGGGGAAAAUCGAAGCACAUCCAGCUGGAGCGAAAGAUAGGCGACUUGUCAAAGGCCAAUUUACUUGGACUCGUCGAAGACGUAGGUGAGGUGGCACUUGCCGCAGUACUGGCGGUUGUGCAUGGCAGCCAUGAAGAUACCGGCACCGCACUGU